AUGGACUUUGUGGAGACCAAGUACCCACAUGAUGACACAAUGAAGGCCCUUGGAAUCUUUGAGGAUGUGGAGUUGGUCUCAAGAACAUGCACUUGGCCAAGUUCUUCUCUUACCGCAUGGAGUCUACAAGGAGCUCACUUGUCCAAGGCAGCUCAGAUCAGGAGCCCAGUCUUGAGAUAUGUGCACAAGGCUCUUGCCAACACCUUCUUUGCAAGGAAGGCACCGGGACAAUCAAUGAGGGAGAACUGA